GAGAGCGAGGGAGAGGAUGGGGGCGGUGGUAGUUGAAAUGCUCGGUGCAUUCUUGUGUUGAAGGCACAGCGAGCAGCCAUCCUCCAGGGCAGCGGAACUAAUCCGAACACUUCUGCACUGAAAACUGUCGCUUUUUUUGUUAAAUCCAAGAAAGGAAUUCUGCAGCUAUUAACUUGCAUCUGGAAUGGAAGUUGCACCAAGGAUUUUUGCACCAAACGUGAGGAGCUGAUUUGCCCCCCACAUCCCCGCUCUCUCCUCCUCUCCCUUCCCUGUGGAGUGGAUCAGCGCCGAAGCAUCCAGGACGCGGGAGUCGCGUUUGGGCAAAGAAAAAACAAAACAAAACAACUCAACGAAAUAACAAACAAACAACGCAGCACAUUGAUCCUGAAGUGAGCACAUCAACCACAGCCGGUGUUUAUUGGAAUCUGUUGACGGAGGAACACAAAAUGUCUGCUGCUGUCAUCAGCCCACCCCUCUUCACUCUCCUCCUCCUCCUCCUCCAGACCUCGGUUUCCCGCCAACAGGUGCCCUCAAACUGCGUGAUCAAAUGGGAGCAGGAGAAAUGCAUGGAGAACAUCGCCUCCUACGAUCCCGUGGACGACCAAGAGAUCGUGUGUCCAUGGAUGUGGGACAACCUGACGUGCUGGGAGCCGGCCAGGAUCGGGGAGGUGGUGGAGGUCAACUGUCCUGAACUCUUCUCUCAGUUCAUAAGUGAAGAAGACUACGAGGUGGGGAAGGUGAGCCGUAAUUGCACUGAGUUCGGCUGGUCGAACACGUUCCCUUCCUACAUCGACGCCUGUCUGUACGAGGAAGGAAACGCCAGCCACCCGGACUUGUACUAUGUGUCGGUGAAGGCUCUGUACACUGUGGGCUACAGCACGUCUCUGGUCUCUCUGACUACAGCCAUGGUCAUCCUCUGCAGGUUUAGGAAGCUGCACUGCACCAGAAACUUCAUCCACAUGAACCUAUUUGUGUCCUUCAUGCUGAGAGCCAUUUCUGUUUUCAUCAAAGACGGCGUGCUGUACGCACAGGAGGACAGCGAGCACUGCUUCAUACACACUCUGGAGUGUCGAGCUGUGAUGAUAUUCUUCCACUACUGCGUCCUCUCUAACUACUUCUGGCUGUUCAUUGAGGGACUCUACCUCUUUACCUUAUUGGUCGAGACCUUCUUCCCUGAGAAGAGAUACUUCUACUGGUACAUCAUCAUUGGCUGGGGAACUCCCACGGUGUGUGUGGUCAUCUGGGCCGUGCUGCGGUUACACUUUGAUGAUAUAGGGUGCUGGGACAUGAAUGACAAUGCUGCCAUCUGGUGGGUGAUUAAAGGACCAGUGCUGGCCUCCAUCAUGAUCAACUUUAUUCUCUUUAUUGGAAUCAUCGUCAUCCUGGUUCAGAAACUACAGUCACCGGAUAUCGGAGGAAAUGAAUCCAGUAUUUACCUGAGGUUGGCUCGCUCCACUCUGCUCCUCAUUCCACUGUUUGGGAUUCACUACACCGUGUUUGCCUUCUCCCCUGAGAAUGUCAGCAAGCGAGAACGUCUGGUGUUUGAGCUCGGACUUGGAUCCUUCCAGGGCUUUGUUGUUGCUGUCCUCUACUGCUUUUUGAAUGGAGAGUAUAUCCCUCAAGGUGCAAUCGGAGAUCAAGAGGAAAUGGCGCAGCUGGACGGUGAACAGGUACUUUGCUGUGGACCUGAAGCACCGGCAUCCUUCGCUGGCGAGCAGUGGGGUGAACGGGGGCACGCAGCUGUCCAUCCUCAGCAAGAGCAGCUCGCAGAUCCGCAUGUCCAGCCUGCAGGCGGAGACCCCGGCCACCUGAGCCACGGCCCCGCAGCGGACGCCCACCCCGGCAAAACCGACACUUCUACCACCCUCGUCCCCAUGACCAGCCUCAACAACCCGUUGCUUAACCCCUACCCCAACCCGUACCCGGACGAAAUCAUGAUGGAAACCCAACUGAACUGCAGCGACCCUGAACAGCCACUAGUCUGACCUGCCUCACCAACAACUACGACCAAACCUGGACAUCAGGUGCCAAAUGUUGUGUUCCCUUGUUCUGACCUCUGACCUGGCUCGUGUGCACAGCUGCUGAGCAACAGCUAACCCCUCGGAGAGUUAGUUCCUGUAGUUGAUUGUCGUCUGCUGAAAACCUGUGUAUACAGUACUGUCUUAGUGUUUUCAAUUAUCUGCUGCUACUGGGCAGCACCGAGGGACCAGUGUGUGUGUGUGUGUGUGUGUGUGUGCGUGUGUGUGUUAAUGAUCAUUCCAGUGUGACAUUUCACCCUGACCUCAACACAGAAACUCAGCUUGUAAAGAUCGGCCAAUCACAGCCAACUUCCUUUUUAAAUUUCUGCUCAGCGACCCAGUUUGACUCAUGAGUGGUGUCUAUACCUGAAAGAGUGAACCUAAAGGGCCACUCCAACUAUUUUCCAUCUAAACAAUAGUGUUUUUUUUAUUGCAUUGCAGACAUGGAACGGUGGGAGGUUUUGUCUGUACAAACCAUGCCAAAUUUUCAAUGCUCAUUCCCUACGGCUUUAUUUACUCCACACCAGCAGGACGUAGUCUAUAUCAUAAAUGUGUUAAACAAGAACUGGACCAGUUCUGUGGGCCAGAUGCAUAUAUUCAACUUAUGGGCAACAUAUAAGGGCUUUUUUAGCCAAAUUUUCCCAUGUGGGUCCCACACACAGUUUUUGUGGGAUGCAGUCCAGUCAUCAUGUCCACAUGGACUUUGAAGCAUUAUGUGGGCCAGAUAAGGUUAAACUUUGACCUCGAGCCACACAUUAGAACUUUAAGGAGACCCUGCCUUCAGCACUUCAGGAAAUUAAAUUCAGUAUUUACCCCACGUCUUCAUUACUACACUGAUUAACACUACACCCACAGUGGGCUGCACUUUUUUGCCCCACAGCUGUGGGUCAGGACUGGACUCAGAAUAAACACUUUACACCAAAACUUAGAUUGGGUUGUUAGUUCCAUUAAAAAAAGAGUUGGAUUGACCCUUUAAUGACGUUGAAUCCAUUUUAUGUUUUAGUGUUGAAAUUUUAAAAAUUUAAAAACUUGUCUUUAAGGGUGUCGCUGUUUCAUCAGUUUCAUCAGUCAGACCCACACACUGUCAAUGUGUCGUCAUCGCCCUCUACUGGCACAAAUAUUCAUUUCCUGUGUAAAAUGUGACGGACAGACAUGAUACAGAACAUACUGAAGACUGAGGAGGAAUUUUACCCACAACCUGGUAAUGCAGUGUUAAAGAGGAGGACGACUUUUCAGAGAAAUUUGACGUGUGGCCAAAAGUGAAAAAACCAACAAAAACAAACAUACAAACAAACAAACAAAAAACAAACAAACAACAACAACAACAAAAACAUACCAGACUCAGAAGUGUCUUCUGUGGAUGUUCAGAGCGGACAUUUGAAGAUGACAACGACGACCACAAAACACAAAACGUUCUUUUCUUCUUUCAAACCUCGGCACUGGACCAAGAUGUCAGAGCAGAGCAGACCUCCAGAGACCGGAGUGUCUGUGGAUUCAACAGCCGUUAGUACAGAAAAUGUCAACGAAAACAAAUCUGUGUGACGAGUUCAAGUGCUUGCAUGUAACUUGCAUUUAUCAUCGUCGGCGUGUUUCUGGUUUUUAAUGAAAGCUUUUAGUUUUAUUAAGGGCUGUUGUGGAGGCGUCGCACUGUAUUCGAUUAUUAUUUUUUUGUCACUUGUUUAACACGCCUCUUUAACAGCAUCCUGCAGGAAACGUUGACAUCGAUCUGGUCUGAGUGAAGUUUAGACCGCACGAAAUACAACAGCACUUAUUGUACAGGACAAAUUCUGUGUACAAUUUUGUGACGAAAACAAUCUGGUCAUUUAUAUUCUUGUUGGAAAAUUUGUCCCAAUUUGCAAUGAAUGGUCUACCUGUAGUGGCCCACAUGCAAUGGGUCACAUCUUUUAACUAAAUUUUUCUGGUAACAGGAUAUGUAUUUAAGUUAAGAUCUGGUUAAAAGUUGUGGCCUACACGCUGGACCCCAAAUUUAUGCCAUGAAGCACGUGAGUAUUUGGUUCAUGUGGGCCAUGUGUGACAUGUUGUGACAAGUUCUACUGAUAAAGUUACUAGUUAAUCCAGAGAACUAAACGAUAUAUUUUCAUUACAUGUCCUGCGUAACUAAUUAUUUUAACUACAGCAAGUACCCAUUAAAAUGCAUUACUGCCACCUACUGGUCUAUUUUCGAAAAUGUGCAAAUAUCGUGCAAAGUGAAAACAAAAGACAAAAAGAUGGCAGCACACUUGCAUAUAAACAUGAAUUGAAAAUAAGAAAAUACUUUCAGAUACUUCUGGAGGUUUUUUGUAAUAUUACAGCAUACUCUACAUUUCAAGAGAUUUGGUUCAUAUUUUCUAUUUGACAUCUGGACAACUACAAGCUGAUGCUCCAGUUCCAAAGAUAAUUCAAACAGAAUCUUGAGUGAGUUUUUGAUUUGCGUUACCUUUUGCAAAGGCUACGUGAACUUUGCAGCACGAUGUCACUGCACAGUUUUCCCUCUGGUCGGAUCCGACAGAACCUCUAGUUCCAGAGAAAUGGAUUCAGCUUUUGUGUCUCGACUCAAAAGUGCCUUUAAGCACAAACCAAGUAUUUUGACUUGAGUUGAUGAUUUCACACGCAGGACGAUUUCCUCUCCUUUUAAAACGAGAACUGCAAAGUAAAGAAAAGGGUUUGACAAAGUGCUUUUAUGAUGCUAAAGACUAAUUCAGCGUUUGAACUCCGAGGCCUUCGCAGUGCUUUUAACUCAUCUUUGAUAAAAAGAAAAAAAGAAAUAUGACCAAUCAGUGUUUUUAACGAAGCAGUACUACUGUAUAUUUAUUCAUUAUUUCACUGUACAGCACAGUUCACAGUCACAACAGCUAUUAUUUUACGUUUUUGUUACAUUUAUAUGUGCACGAAAAAAAGGGAAACUACUGGAGCGUAAAAAAGGAUUUCAUUUUUUUGUAGUAUUUGUGUCGAUCUGCUGUAAAAUGUCAGACUAGUUUUGGUCAACUAGCACUUUGACUGCCUGAAACUGGAACUGCAAAACUCCAAACCACCAACAUCUGAGCGAUUUUUUCUUCACAACUCUUUUCUUAUGCUACACAGUUGGUGUGGGUGCUUGAAAUCCUUAAAAGUGCUUGAAUUGUGUUGUCGGGUUGUUAGGGUCCGCAAAGCAUUUGUUUUUUUCAAGAAAUUAACAAAAAAUGGUUAAUUUGUUCCAAACGCUACCGUCUGGAUGGAUUAGGAUUUUCGCAGAAAUAAAACUCAAACUAUUUUAUACUGUA